AAGCCGCAGCGCAUUCCCGGCUUAAUACGCAUGCGUCACAGUUAACACUUUCAAACUGUCAUGCCUGUGAUAGCUAUUAAUAGGCGGGAUUAAGUGGAACAGUCGCGGAUCUAAUACAUAUCGGUCAGAUACUUCCAAUAUUCAAAGGUGUGUUAACGCCACGAGACACAAGCAAAGAUGAGCACCAGCGGGACCAGCACGCCCAGGAGGGCCCCUAGUAUGGACAGGUCAAUCCAUAGCGUCGGAGGAACGCGUUCACUUCACAGUGUGGCCAGUACAACCCACCCGGUGCCGUAUGUUAGUGACAAUUUCUUGGAUAAACUUAACGCGGCGGCGUUUGGAGCUGGAAAGACGUUUUGCAUGUACGCAAUAGUCGCAGCUAUUUUCUGUACCCUCUUUUUCAUCACCGGAGUCACCCUCCUAGGAAUGUUUCUCACUGGAUACCUCUUUAACUUCACACUGGAGUGGGUCAUCGCAGUCUUCUUCGUGCUCUUCGCCGUCUCAUUAGCAUUAGUCAUCUAUUUUUACUCCAAAGCCAGAGUUAAAAGUUCAUCGGGAAGAAGAAACGUCAAGUUCCGUGCCGCGGGAGAUCACCAAGUUUCCGUUGUCAACGUUGGGUAUGAAAACGACACUCAAAAGGACGAUGAUUUGGUGUCAGGGAAAGUGACAAAUAAAGCCGUUCUACACGUGGACGCCCCAUACGAGCAGAAGAGAGCUCAAAAGUAUCGCAAGGCCGGCCAGCCAGGCUCUAGGACCAGGAGCGAGUCCAGCCAAAUCAGCGGCGAUUCCCUUGACCGACCGCCAUCCUACCGCGAGCAAGCUAUGGUGAAUGCUGUAUAGAAGAACAAUAAAUGUACAAACUGUGUCCACGGCAAACGAUCAGCCCCUUACGGGGCUCUGUGUAUGUGUAUAUACAUAUGAAAAGCAAGCAACAACUGAAAAACAUUCCUAUCAACGUAUAUAUAUAUAUAUAUAUAACAAAGGAAGAAGACGAUGGAAAUUAUUUUUGUAGUGGUUGAAAUAUGGCAGGUACGCCAGGAUGUACUUAUUUGUAUAUUUUGCAACAUAACUUAGAAUAAUGGGAAAAUAAUAAGCAACCUCUGCGUGACAUCAUUUGAAUGAUUCGUUGUUGGAGCCUCAUUUCAUUAUAGCAAUAUAACAAGAUAAUUCUCAGCGUCCGGCGCCUCUCUCUUGGUUCUUCGUCAUUAGUGCCAUAACACUGCAUUCAAGGUGGGCGUCACACGGCAGUAUGUGUCACAGUCGGGGAAAGGUUUGCUAUGGUUGGUGAAAUAUGGAAUAAGAUAAAGAAUAAUCCUAUUUAGAGAGGAAAGAAACCCCACCCCUCCCCCACCCAAGAAAAAAAAACGUUAAAUCUCCCUCUGAGGAUUAAGGGACAUCAAAACAAAAAGGAACGGGGACCGUCGAUGGCUAUGUGAUAGCGUUUUUCUGCUAAAAGUUCGGGUGCUUUUCAAAAACAAAUAAUCAACUAACCAAUGGACGAAAUGAUGUACGAUGGAUUAUUAAAAUACAUGUAAUUAUAAGACAGGUAUCUGGUAGGAUUAUUAUCACCGCACCCGUACCCUAAGUAGACGGAUCUUUUUAUAUCAUAGUUUUAGAAUUUGAAUUUUGAUUGGGGUAUAUGAUGAUGAAGUGAAAAUGACUUAAUUUUUCUAAUUGUAAAUGUGUGGUUUGAAUGUUAAGGUGAAAACAUUGUCAGGGAAUAUGGUUGUGAUUUUCCACCCUUAUAUAGGCAUAUAUUGUAGAUGGACGCUUCAGGUAUUGGUUUAAACGAUUGUAGUUUUUAGUGUACGCAAAUUCACAGCGCGUGCCUUUUCACUUGAGUGAAUCUACCACACCUUUAUGCAUUACACCUAUACGUAAACUUUAUCUGAAAUUAAGAGAUUAUAUACGAGUUAUUAUUAAGCUUGUAUGAAAAAAAAGUACCAGACUGUCGGACAUUUUUCUCCUUUUUUUAUUUAAAAAUAGAUUUUAGCACUAAAGAGGGUGUUUCGAACUUGUUCGCAUUUUUUACGAGACACGCAGUUAGAAAAUCAGACGUGACACACAAAAACAUGAGCAAACAUAUGAUAUAGAAAGAAUGCAUGACUAUGUAUAAUAUGAUGACCAGCUAAGAGCGAGUCGAACUUUAUCAGUGGGUGAGUAAUUAAAUCAACAACUGGCUAUCUUUGCGUUGACUCAUGCUGUCAGACCUACAGCAAGCAGGUCGUAUAUAAACAUGGGACAUGCACGAUCUUUCAUUAUAUGUCCUUUUUAUGGUAACUGAACGACCAAGUGCAUUUUUAAUGAAUUUUUGAAAUUAUGCCCGCUGUGCGCCAAUGUGCAAAAAAAUACCUUAAUUUGUAAAUAUCAUGUUAUGUUUUAUCUAGUUUACUCUUAUGCAAAGUUUUAAAAGUUGUACUGAUAGUUUUAUCGUUUACAUUUUGGUCAAUAUAUCGUAGACAUUUUACAGCCUUUGGGACCAUAUCGUAGACUAUAUCUUUGCGCGAAGACUUAGCAAAAGGGGAAUUUAAAAAUCCCGCUGCAUUGCAUUUGUUUAAUACAGGCAGACGAUAAAAUGUUUUUCCUCUGCUCUCGUGUUGUUAAAAGGGAAUUGUUUAUACUAAUCGUUUCAUAUUUCUGUGUUACUUAUUUCACAAUAUAUAUAAACUUAUAUAUAUAUAUACAUGAAAAUCUUUUAUAUGAUAUAAGAGCUAUGUAGAGAUGAGGCAAUAAAUAUGAAAAUUUG